AAUUUCUCAACGGAGACCCCCUGUGGACACCUCAUGUAGACAAGAAGCACGAAGAGGAAGUGGUGAUGUUGACCAAUCAGCCUGAAGAUUCUGAAAGAUGUGAAAGUGUGGAGCUGGACAAUAAAAUCCGUGAUCUGAUCGGGAAAAAUGGCUCUCCUUGCACAACAGCAGUCACCCCAGGGACCCUGCUAGGCAACAAAAACUCAUGUCCUCUGAAGAUUCCAGGAAAAACUGCUUGCAUGGCACACAGUGUACAGGAUACGAGUAGAAUGAAAGCUGCAAAAAGUGCUACAGAGGUUGCAGAGUGUACUCAACCAUCGAGAAGAAAGAACUUGACAGAUUCUCUUGAACAAAAGAUAAGGUGCUUCGAAAAGCAGAGAAAAGAGCUCCUGGAAGUGAACCAGCAAUGGGACCAGCAAUUUAGAACUAUGAAAGAGUCCUAUGAAAGACAGGUGGCGGAGCUGAAAAUGAAACUGGAUGCCUCGGAAAGAUCACUCAGCACCAUGAAGAAGGAGCAGCAACAGCUGAAGAAGGAGUAUCAACAGUGGCAGAGAGAGAGCACCCGAAAGAAUGACCUGACCAUGGAGAUUCUGCAUCGCAAAGUGAAGGAAAAGGGGAUACUAACUGAGGAAUUACAAGAGUUGAAGAAAGAGAAUAAGGUUUUGAAGGAAAAAAAUGCUCUUGCAGCCAAGAAGAAGGAACAUUAUGAAUGUGAAAUUAAGCGGCUCAAUAAGGCUCUUCAGGAUGCCUUGAAAAUUGAGAGUUCCCCAUUUCCUGAGCACUGCUUGGGAAAGUCUGAGGAGUGCAGCCACAAGGAGCUGAGAACCGAAAUGGAAGUUCUCAAACAGCAGGUACAAAUAUACGAAGAAGACUUCAAAGAGGAGCGAUCAGACAGAGAAAGACUUCAUCAAGAGAAAGAGGAACUGCAACAAAUAAAUCAAACUUCCAGAUCCCAGUUGAACAGGCUGAAUUUUGAGAUCAAAGCUUAUCAGAAGAAGAAUGAAAAACUAGAAAAGCAAUUAAAACAGAGGGGUAUCUCAGCCUGUAAGUGCGUCUUUGGUUUUCACCACCCGAGGGACCCCAGCACACCGCCAGGGCCUGGGGCCAGGCAGGAGCCACAGAAGCUUCAGCCAGACUAUCAGUGGUAUGCUCCUGACCAGUUUCCGCCAGAUGUGCAGCACAAGGCAAAUGGUUUCUCCUCAGAAAAGAAAGUCAGUCAGUAG